CAUAUGUCGAUUUAUAACAUGGUUCUCGGAAGUUUUGUGUUUGUUAAUAUUAUGUAUUAAUCAUAAAAUUCUAAUUGGAUAGUAUCUGGGCAUGUUGUUUUUUUAUUAUGAAAUGGCGUUUGAACUACCCAGAUUUACAAGAUGUUGCUGUUGUUUAUCCUUACGGACUGGAUGUUUACUCAUCGGAUAUGUUUCAAUUUUAAUAGCGUGUCUAGGCUUGACAGCAACCUCAAUAUCUCUAUACAAGGUGAUUACGUACGUGUUAAAUGAUACGCAUCCAAACCUCCCUCCAGACGCCGUGAACAAAUCAGCUCUCGGUCUUUACGUAUCUCACGGCUAUUAUUUACUGGUAUUCUUAUACUUGCUUGUUAUUAGCUCGAUACUAGUAAUUGGAGUACAUGCGUCUAAACCACAUUAUUUAAGAUACUAUUUUAAUUCUGGAUUAUUCUUGUUACUGAUUGGAGUAACUUUGGUAAUAGUAUCCUGUAUAUUUGUGGGUAUCCUUGCUACCUUACCUCUACUGAAGUGGUGCUUCACACACUUCCUUGGAUUGAUUGUGGUGCGAAGUACUUACUUAGACAUGGAAGAAAGGAAUAUAGAAGCUACAUACAAAAUGGCCAGCAUUUAUAAUCCUCAUCUAUCACGACCAUUGAUGGCAUAAAAUAUGGCACUUGGUGCCUGCCAUAAACUAAUUAAUAAUUUUCUAUGAUAACUAUACUAAGUAUAAAAAUGUAAUGAUAAUUUAAGUUUAAAUUUAUACUUUAAUUACUUACCUUUUUGCAAAAAAGGCGCUCUUUACAUCCACUAAAAUGAAAGGUUAAAUAAAUCGAAAAACUUUUUA